CCAAACUAAACAUCUCUGCGCAUUUCUUCGUUGAUCGAAACAGAAAAGGGGGCAGUCUGCUUUUUUUCGUCUCGAAACAUGCAGUGUUUUUAAACUGCAAAAGAAGAUCGGUCCUGCUUUUAUUGUUAAACGUUAGAAUACUUUGGAAAGUAGGAUACGAUGAGCUGCGAGUUAUAAGUAAAGGAUCCGGAGGAAACUUGAUCGCAGAAACUUUGUAAUCUUUUCAGUGCGCCCUUCUUCUUCAUGCGUUUGCAGCCUCGGCGCUGAACUUUUUCAGUCCAUCUUUUUCCCCCCAAACCAUAUGUUUUGCGAAGUCUAGCAGAAAACGCAUGGAUGGAUCUUAAUGGAUGAACUCGGAUUAGUCGGAGAGUUUUGCACCGUUUCUUGCCUCUUGCUACCUCCGCGACUCACGGGAAAGAGCCGAGCCCCGCCGCACCGUUUCGACACCCAAACGGAGCGUAAAAAGCAGCCAAGAAGCGCCCUGCAUAUUCGCGUCAUCCUCGCUUCGUUUAACUGCUUUCAUUGCAUUUAAGAUUUGUAUUUUUUUCGGGUGGAUUAUCGGAAUGUUUAGCGUGUUUUAGCCAUGGAAAACUGCACGUUUUUAUUAUGCAUUUAAAGUUGAGUUUGGAAGCUUUGGAAGUUUGGCAAGAGUAAGACGAAUAGUUUUUUGGCUUUUAACAAGUGAUCGCAGAAGUUUAAUCAAAGACCACAGUAUUCUGGUAAAGCGGCGAACGCCGUGGAUUGUACAAACAGCCGUAUCUUUGUCAUUAUUUAAAAGGGGGAGAUAAUAUUGCUCGUUUAUUUGCAAAAAUGCCACAACUUAACGGAGGCGGUGGGGAUGAUCUGGGAGCGAACGAUGAGAUGAUCUCCUUCAAGGACGAAGGUGAACAGGAGGAGAAAAUAUCCGAAAACGUCUCGGCCGAGAGGGACCUGGACGACGUGAAAUCGUCUUUAGUGAACGAGUCGGAAAAUAACAGCAGCUCUUCGGACUCGGAGCAAGCAGAGCGACGUCCCCAACCGAGAUCGGAUUCAGAAAGUUACGAGAAAGCCAGAGACGACUUUAGCGAAGCACUGAGAAGACACCAAGAUGGGGGCUUUUUUAAGAGUCCCCAUUAUCCCGGUUACCCCUUCUUGAUGAUCCCAGACCUCACCAACCCCUACCUAUCCAACGGGUCCCUGUCCCCCAGUGCCCGGACGUACUUGCAGAUGAAAUGGCCACUGAUCGAUGUCCCCGGGACUGCGGCUCUCAAAGACUCCAGGUCCCCCACCCCCGGACACCUAUCUAACAAGGUCCCAGUGGUGCAGCAUGCCCAUCAUGUACACCCCCUCACGCCCCUCAUCACCUACAGCAAUGAACACUUUUCCCCCGGAACGCCACCCUCGCACCUCUCUCCAGAAAUACUGGACCCAAAGACAGGCAUCCCACGGACACCCCACCCCUCAGAGCUCUCGCCCUACUACCCCCUGUCGCCUGGGGCAGUGGGACAGAUCCCUCAUCCCCUGGGCUGGCUGGUCCCUCAGCAGGGCCAGCCCAUGUACUCCAUACCCCCAGGGGGAUUCAGACACCCCUACCCGGCUCUUGCAAUGAACGCGUCCAUGUCCAGCCUGGUGUCUAGCCGGUUCCCUCCCCAUAUGGUGCCUCAUCACCCCCACGGUCUCCACCAGACGGGCAUCCCACACCCUGCCAUCGUCUCCCCCGCCAUCAAGCAGGAGCCCAACCCCGAUGGCGUCAUUUCCGCCGCUCACUCGAAGUCCCCGGGGCCGGUGAAGAAGGAGGAGGACAAGAAACCGCACAUCAAAAAGCCGCUCAACGCCUUCAUGCUCUACAUGAAGGAGAUGCGGGCCAAGGUGGUGGCGGAGUGCACCCUCAAGGAGAGCGCCGCCAUCAACCAGAUCCUGGGAAGGAGGUGGCACUCGCUGUCGCGGGAGGAGCAGGCGAAGUACUACGAGCUGGCAAGGAAGGAACGGCAGCUUCAUUCCCAGCUGUACCCGGGCUGGUCGGCACGAGACAACUACGGGAAGCGGAAAAAGCGAAAGCGAGAGAAUAAGCCAGAAUCCACUCCAGAAGAUUUCUCAUCAAGGACUAAGAAGCAGUGCGUACAAUAUCUGCCGUCUGAGAAGAUGUGCGACAGUCCCGCCUCCUCUCACGGCAGCAUGCUGGACUCCCCAGCCACGCCCUCUGCAGCCCUGGCAUCCCCUGCUGCGCCUGCAGCCACUCACUCGGAGCAAGCCCAGCCCCUGUCCCUCACAACCAAACCCGAGGGCCGGCCCCACCACUUCCCUCUGCAGGGCAAGCCCUCUGGAUCUGCUUCUUCCUCCACUUCCUCCUCCACCUCCACUUCCUCUACUCAGCCGAGUAUUUCUCUCCCCAUUGGUUCCGCAAGCAGUCAUUCAACUCCUCUUCUCUCUCGACCAAUCCCAUUUACCUCUCUACAUUCCUCCCUACUGUCCCCACCUACUCCUCUUUCCAUCAGGCAUCCCUUAAUUUCCCAUCAUGCUUUAUUUCAGUCACAGCCCCUGUCCUUGGUUACCAAAUCAACUGAUUAAAUCAAAUUGAUCCAUUUUCUUUUUUGUUACGCUGUAUAUUGCUUCCUAACUUUUUAUAGGUAUUAGAUUGAGUUUUUCUUUGUUUUUUUUAAUGAUGAAAAGGAAAAGUAUUAUUGGUCAAUAUUUGACCACCUGUUUUUCCCUUUCUCUCUAUCAAACAAAUGUAUUUUUUUGUAAAGUGUAAUGCAGAACUGGUUUCCUUUUUUCCAAUGCAUUUAUCCAAUGCUACUUGUAUAAAAGAACAAAUGUAUAAAGGUCUCUUUUUAAAAAAACAAAACAAACUGUCCUUUUUUAGUUAUGAACUCAUUAAUGUUAGUUAAAACUUUCCAGUACUUUCCAUAUCUUUAUUCUCCACAGUUACUCCUUCCACUCCCCCCUUUGUGAGUGUUUUGCCUUCUUUGAAACAUGAUAAAUAAAUCUUAAAAUUGGUUCUUAUAA